AUGCUAAGGGGAAGUAAGCUCCAGUCAACACAGUGUAUCAGGACGUGGAUAGCUAUCAGGCAGCAGUCGCAGCUUGCGAGCCGUAGCAGCACAGAAGUGCCAGGGCGCUUACGACCGUCGUUGUUACCACGGGAGAGUGUUGUCAAAGCGAGCGCAGAGGUGAAGGAGUUUGCCCUUCUGGAGCAGGGCAUCCGGAAGACGGACCAAGCUCUCUCGGAAUAUGCAAAUUACCGGUAUAAGUUCAAGAGGUUACCGGCGAAUUAUGGCUCGAACCAGUUGCUGAAGAUAGGCCGCGAGAUCGAUGCAGAGCUGCGGGGGAUAAUGGGGCACUUCCAAGCACCUGUUCGCUAUGCAUUUGGCUACGGCUCAGGGGUCUUCGAACAAGCAGGCGCACACAAGUCGGAUGGGCGGCCGCAGAUGGAUUUAAUUUUAGGUGUAACACACCCUGAGCAUUUCCACUCGUUGAAUAUGCGCCAGAAUGCCCACCACUACUCGACCAUGCGCUAUUUCGGCUCUGACGCAAUAUCAAAGCUUCAAGCGGUGGGUGCUGGUGUAUACUUUAACCCUUUUGUCGACAUUAACGGGCAUCAAGUAAAGUACGGAGUUGUGUCUAUGGAGAACCUGCUUAAGGAUCUAGCAACUUGGGACACAUUUUAUCUCGCUGGUCGACUACAAAAGCCGGUGAAGGUAUUAAAAAAUGACUUGCGUGUGCAAUUUUGGAACCAACUCAACCUGAAAUCCGCAGCAACCUUGGCGAAGCACAUGCUAUUGGCCAAGUCACCCGGGAAAAUCGACGAGUUUGAAUUCUAUAAACAGGUAACUGCCCUUAGCUACAUCGGCGAUGUGCGUUACAAGCUCGGGGGUGAAAACCCCAGCAAAGUAACGAAUAUCGUGGAGAAGAACUAUGAAAACUUUCAACGGUACUACGAACCAAUUUACAGAGAUGUUAUUAUAAAUGACCACGGCUAUCUACCCCGCGGUUUUACCGUAGAUAACGCAGUUAAAUUGCUGGAAGAUAGAAUUAGCUGGAACAGUACUGUACAGACAGUUAAGGGAGUCGUUACAGCGGGCGUUGCAAAAUCAGUGAAGUAUGCGUGGGCAAAGAAGCUCAAAGCUAUUCGGUCUAAAUGA